GCUGCUCAAUAUAUUGGUGAAAUGUGUCGCUAUCUGUUAGCCCAACCCCUUAGACCAACUGACAAUGCUCACAAGGUUUGGCUGGCCUUUGGAAAUGGCCUCCGGCCACAGGUUUGGACAGAGUUCUGCAAACGCUUUGGCAUAAAGAGGAUCGGCGAGUUUUAUGGGGCCACUGAAUCGAAUGCCAAUUUCUGCAAUGCUGACAAUAAGGUCGGUGCCAUCGGCUUCACUUCUCGUAUUCUUCCCUGGGCAUACCCCGUUACUCUGAUUCAAAUUGACCAGACGGAUCCAGAUGCCCCUCCACUACGUGAUCCACGCACCGGUCUGUGUAUGGUCUGUCCACCCGAUGUGCCUGGGCAGUUGGUUGGCAGAAUUACUGAGUUUCGGCGCAAUCAGCUGAAUCCAACUGUUUCCAAAACUCGCACUACUCUAAGCUUAGCAACCAGUAGCAAAUCUGGCGCCAUUGGCGAUCAUAAAGGAGGAAAUUCGGUGGUGCCCGGUGUACCGUUAGUCAGAAAUCGAACUCCUGGGAUGACCGGUUUGAGUUCUAUCGGCUCAAGUGGGGACUCAAGCUCUGAAAUGCCAUCCAGUUUAGUGUCUCGCCUGACUGAUCGAGUGAUGCCUAAUCUGUUGCGUGCCUACGACGGCUACGUGAGUCAGAAGGCGAGCCAGAAGAAGAUCAUUCGUGAUGUUUUUCGCAAGGGUGACGCCUAUUUUCUUUCAGGUAGCCCUUAG